AUGGGAAAGGGAAGAGACAGUGCACUUGAAGUUGCAAACAGCACCAUCGACAGUCGAGACUGUGAGAUGAAAGCAGUCCUUGUCUCCUUCAAUCACGCAAUGCACUCCAAGUACAACCUGAUCCUGAAUGUGACGAAGCAUCACCUCGUCGUCGUUUCGAGGCAUGUACGGCAACGAUGCGUGCAGGAAGCGACACACGGGAGUCCACCGUACUUCCUUUGUCUCAGAGACACUGCCGCUGUAGGGGAGGGCCACCUUGUAGAGAAGAUCCGCUACCCCACGACUAGGGUGCAGGAAGCACGGGUGCAGCAUCAUACAAUCGGGGUCGUCGCGCUGCAUCGCAAACUGCAUGUCAGGGUGUCCUGUCAGCCCCCGGGCGUCUGGGAAUCGUGCAAAAAACUGUGA